AUGGAUAUAAAUUCACUAAAACCAUUUAACAUCCAAGAUGGCGAUGUCGUCCAAUCUUGGCAAAAGUGGAAACAAAUAUUCAAUAACUACAUGAUAGCUAUGCAGUUCGACACAUGCUCGGAUGAAAGAAAAAUUGCCAUUCUACUACAUUCUAUGGGUGAGCAAUGUCUGGACAUAUAUAACUCAUUCAGUGAAAAAGAAAAGUCAACGUAUAUCUUAGUUUUGAAAUCCUUUGACGAUUAUUUUAUUCCAAAAAAGAAUUUGGCAAUAGAACGCCAUAAAUUUUUUACGUUGAAGCAAGAAAGUGAUUCCUUAGACACUUUUCUAACAAAAUUGAAAAAACAGGCAUCUGUAUGUGAAUUUGGACAAUUAAAAGAUUCUUUAAUUAGAGACAUGUUCAUAUGUAACAUGGAUAAAACAAAUAAUCACAUAAGAGAAAAAUUGCUUACUGAAAAUGAUGUAGAUUUAUAUAAAUUAGUGACUAUAUAUAAAUCUCUUGAGUUGUCAUUUAAUAGUACAUCAUAUCUCUCUCAAGAAAUUCCUGUAGCUACUCUGCGCAGUUCAAGAACAACAGCACAUUCUCACUCUAAACAGCUUUCUACAAGUCAAAAUGGAUUAAAACAACAGCAGGCUGUACCAUUUAAUAAUAAUAAUACAGCCAAUUUUGACAAUAAUAAAAAAUGUACCAGAUGUGGACAGUAUCACAGAUUUAAAUGUCCUGCUAAGUCUGUAAAAUGUAAAAGAUGUCACAAGAUUGGUCAUUAUUACAAUCUUUGUAGAACACCAAUAAAUAACAUUGAAUAUGAUGAAAUGGAUUCAUCUUUAAAUUCAGGGCCUGGGUUGUUUACCCUAUGAGUGUCAUUUGACUGUCUUACCUGAUGUACAACCAAAGAUUGAUGCUCAACGUAGAAUUCCAUUUGCAUUGCAAGACAGAUUGAAAGAAGAGCUGGACAGGAUGACAAGACUGAAUGUUAUAGAGAAAGUGUCAAAACCUACUAAAUGGGUUAGUUCUAUUGUUAUUGUAGAAAAAUCUAAUAAUAAACUUCGAAUUUGUUUAGACCCUAGAAACCUGAAUGAGGCAAUACAAAGAUCACAUUUUCCUUUGCCAACUAUUGAAGAUAUAAGAUCAAAAUUACAUGGGGCUAAAAUAUUUUCACACCUGGAUGCUUUUGCUGGGUUUUGGAUGAUACCUCUUGAUUCUGAGAGUUCAGACCUUUGCACUUUUAACACGCCACUAGGUCGAUACAAAUUCAAAAGAUUACCAUUUGGUCUUAAUUGUUCAACUGAAAUAUUUAGUAAAACACUUGUAGAAGCAUUCUCAGACAUACCGGGUGUAAUUAUAUACAUUGAUGAUAUAUUGGUUUAUAGUACUGAUGAGGCCUCACAUGUAGCAACUUUACAAAAAGUAUUCAAUCGAGCAGAAUCUAUAAAUCUUAAAUUUCAAAGAGAGAAAUGUGUCUUUCAACAAAAUGAAAUAAAAUUCUUAGGACAAAUAUUUAGUGCUGAAGGUAUGCGCCCUGAUUAUGACAAAAUCAAAGCCAUUUGUGAAAUGCCUACUCCAAAUUGUCAAAAAAGUUUACAAAGAUUUCUAGGCAUGAUAAAUUUUUUAGGUACCUACAUCAAAAAUCUUUCUACAGAGACAGAGAUAUUUAGAAAUCUUUUAAAAAAAGACUCAAUGUGGUUAUGGGAUGAAAACCAUAAUAAAGCCUUUCAAAGACUUAAAGAUUUAAUCACAAAAUCACCUAUCUUAUGUCAUUAUGAUAAUACAAAACCACUAACUUUAAGUGUAGAUGCGUCACAAUCAGCAUUAGGUGCAGUUCUGUUACAAUGUAAUAAACCUAUAGCCUAUGCAUCAAAAACUCUUACAGACUGUCAGAAAAGAUAUGCUCAAAUAGAAAAGGAGUUGUUUGCAAUAUUGUUCGGUUGUCAAAAAUUUCAUCAGUAUGUCUAUGGCAGAAAAAUUAAUGUAGAGACUGAUCACAAACCUUUAAUUACUCUCUUUAAGAAACCUCUAAGUCAAGUACCCAAUAGACUUCAAAGAAUGAUACUAUCACUACAAGUAUAUGAUCUCAAUGUAACAUAUGUUCAAGGUUCAAAAUUAUACAUUUCAGACACAUUAUCUAGAGCUGCUUUAUUGGAGUCUGAAGAACAUAGUAUAGAUAAUGACAUUGCAAUACAUGCAAAUAUGUUCAUAUCUUCUCUUUCAGUUUCUGAAGAGAGACUCCAAAUUUAUAAAAAAGAAACUCUUAAUGAUUCUA